CUUCCCAUAGAUAGAUAUGUAAACCUCCCCCCAGACCUGAGCUCAACUAGGGCAGAAAUACCCUUUCGUUUUCCUCCUAAAUCUUCUUAGGAGGAAAGAGAAUUCCCGCAUUUUAGUGAUCCACAAACGACUGUGACGAGUGAAGUUCGCGGGGGACCCGAUCGAAGGUCUCGGUUGGCCGGGAAACCAGAUCUCGGCGGGAACCGUGGAAUUCACUGCGCACCCGAAGUGUCUGUGCAAAGUGAGCCACGGGAGGGAGGGAGGAGCAGGCCUGGGCUGAGCGAGGCCUGAGGCCAAGGGCGGCCAGAGCAGGGGGUGUCGGGAGCUGCCUGUGUCCGGAGGAAUCACUUUUUAGGCGCUUGUUUUGGACCAUCGCACAAAACACGGUUGCAAACCCAAGCUCACUAGCGUGAGUCAGCGAGGCCAGUAGCCAAGCGGAGAGGGGAAGGUGGGCGAGGAGGGCUCCACGGUGCGGGCGGCAGGAAGGACCCGGUGGUGACUCCGGACAACCCCAGAGGCGGCCCCCUCCUCAGCUCGACAGGUGAGCGCCAGGCUGGCCGCGGGGCGGAGCCCGCACCAGCCUCCCUGCAAGGCGCCAGCACCACUGCGCAGGACCUGGGAACACAUCAAGCAUGAAAUAAGUGUUCAAUAAACACUUGUGAGCUCACUGAUCGAAUCAGUAAAUAGGUGGAUGUGAAGAAUAACAACUGGACGCCGUUUUGCCCUUAGGCACCCUGUUUGUAAAUUCUUGCACAGCUUUCUAAGAUUAUACCUGGGUGCUGGCAACCAGCCACUCUUCACCAAUGAAGUAUAUCCUGGUUACUGGUGGGGUCAUCUCCGGCAUUGGUAAAGGAAUCAUUGCCAGCAGCAUUGGGACGAUUCUCAAAUCAUGUGGACUCCGAGUUACUGCCAUCAAAAUCGACCCUUAUAUUAACAUUGAUGCAGGGACUUUUUCACCUUACGAACACGUGCAGGGGAUGGAACCCAGGGCCUCGUGCAUGCUAGGUGAAGUAUUUGUCUUAAAUGAUGGGGGAGAAGUUGAUUUAGAUCUUGGAAAUUAUGAAAGAUUCUUGGAUAUUAACCUUUAUAAAGACAACAACAUCACCACCGGGAAGAUAUAUCAGCAUGUGAUCAAUAAAGAGAGGCGUGGUGAUUACUUGGGGAGAACAGUUCAAGUUGUCCCCCACAUUACUGAUGCUAUCCAAGAAUGGGUUAUGAACCAAGCCAAGGUGCCUGUGGAUGGUAAUAAGGAAGAGCCCCAAAUAUGCGUUAUUGAGCUGGGAGGCACCAUCGGAGACAUUGAGGGAAUGCCAUUUGUGGAAGCAUUCAGACAAUUCCAGUUUAAGGCAAAAAGAGAGAAUUUCUAUAAUAUCCAUGUCAGCCUUGUCCCACAGCCCAGUGCUACUGGAGAACAGAAAACUAAACCCACACAGAACAGUGUCCGUGCGCUGAGGGGAUUGGGUUUGUCUCCAGAUCUGAUUGUCUGCCGAAGUUCCACACCCAUUGAGAUGGCCGUGAAGGAGAAGAUUUCUAUGUUCUGUCACGUAAACCCUGAACAGGUCAUAUGUAUCCAUGAUGUUUCUUCCACCUACCGAGUGCCUGUGCUUUUGGAAGAACAAGGCAUUGUUAAAUACUUUAAAGAGCGAUUGGACCUGCCCAUUGGUGAUUCUUCAAGCAAUUUACUUUUCAAGUGGAAGAAUAUGGCUGACAGGUAUGAAAGAUUACAGAAAACAUGUUCCAUAGCCCUGGUUGGUAAAUAUACCAAACUCAGAGACUGCUACGCCUCCGUGUUCAAGGCCCUGGAACACUCAGCCUUGGCCAUCAAUCACAAGUUGAAUCUGAUGUACAUAGACUCCAUCGAUUUGGAGCAGAUCACCAAAGUCGAGGACCCUGUGAAAUUCCAUGAAGCUUGGCAGAAGCUAUGCAAAGCCGAUGGUAUUCUUGUGCCUGGAGGCUUUGGAAUUAGAGGAACAUUGGGAAAACUCCAAGCAAUUUCUUGGGCAAGGACAAAGAAGAUUCCUUUUCUAGGAGUUUGCCUUGGGAUGCAACUAGCAGUGAUAGAGUUUGCAAGAAACUGCCUUGAUUUGAAAGAUGCUAAUUCCACAGAAUUUGAACCAAAUGCCCUAGUUCCCAUGGCUCUUAGAUGGCACCUACCUCAUCUUAAAGCACAUUCACGCCAUUCUGUGACUCCUACACCUUCUGAUCCCUUUCUGGCCUUGGGCUGGCUCUUCAGCAUGACAGCCAAGGACUUUGAUGGUCUGAAGCCAGUGUGUCCUCCAUUCCUCACACCUGGAUUUCCAUCCAAGACACAGUGUGUGAUUGACAUGCCCGAACACAACCCUGGCAAUUUGGGAGGAACGAUGAGACUGGGACUAAGAAGAACUGUUUUCAAAACGGAAAAUUCAAUAUUGAGGAAACUUUAUGGCAAUGUUCCUUUUAUAGAAGAAAGACACAGACAUCGGUAUGAGGUGAACCCGAACCUGAUCAACCAUUUUGAGCAGAAAGACCUAAGUUUUGUUGGUCAGGAUGUUGAUGGGGAGAGGAUGGAAAUCAUCGAACUGGCAAAUCAUCCUUAUUUUGUCGGUGUCCAAUUCCAUCCUGAGUUUUCUUCUAGGCCAAUGAAGCCUUCCCCUCCAUACUUGGGGCUCUUACUUGCAGCAACUGGGAACCUGAAUACCUACCUGCAACAGGGAUGCAAACUGUCCUCCAGGGGCCCUUUGAGAAGGAAUGAUAGAUACAGCGAUGCCAGUGAUGACAGCUUUUCAGAGCCAAGGAUAGCUGAGUUGGAAAUCAGCUGAAGCUAAUACAUGACUUGGAAUAACGGGGACUGCCUAAAAGGCCUCUGAAGUAGUUGUAGUGAAGAUGAAGGAAUUAUCUGAAGAAAUCACCACACUCAUAAAGAAUCGCUUUGUUCUCCAAAUAUGGGAUAUAAAGGCUCAAAGGGAAUUUGGCAAUGCUUACUUCCAUGAACCAGAACCAAAGGGGUAGUUUUCUUCUCCUUCCAUAGGUGGCCUUUGGUAUUCACAAAUUUCCAUAGUUAAUUAAACUUUCCCUAGCAACAACAAUGGGGGAGAAAGUGUAUCUGUGUUUUGUCCAGUGCAUCAUGAUGUCAAGGUGGUGAGCAGGGAUCCAGGUAAUUGGGCCUUCCUGGUGUUAUGUGGCAGGGCACAUGCCGUAAUUAAUUUUGAGUAAAAAAUGAUUUGUUUUGUUACCUGGAACUCAGCCUCAGUUUCAUGUGUGGAUGAAGAUUAUUUCAAUUUCUCACCCUGCUUAUUUCCAGUUAAAAGUGAAAUUUAGCAGGUUGAAGACUUGGAGUGGCAAGUAAAGGUCUCACCUUAGACACAAUAUCCAAAAAACUCAGGAAUCAAGAUCAGUAAUAUAUACAAAUUUUUAAAUUGAGGUAAAAUUCACAUAACAUAGAAUUAACCAUUUAAAAGUGAAUGAUACAGUAGCAUGCACCGAUGUGCAACCACCACCUUUAUCUAGCUCCAAACAUUGUCAAUAAUCCAUAAUAAAUCCCUGUACCCAUGAGCAGCUCCUCCUCAUCCCCCCUCUUCGUAUUCCCUGGCAAUCACAAAUCUCUCUUUGAUUUGUAUAAAUUUUCCUAUCCUAUAUUUCCUAUCCAUAUAUUUCAUACAUGUGGAAUCAUAUAGCGUGUUACCUUUUGUGACCUUUUGUGUCUGAUUUCUUUCAUAUAUUGUAAUGUUGGUGAGGCUUGUCCAUGUUGUAGCAUGUAUCAGAACUUCAUUCCUUUUUAUGGCUGAAUAAAAUUCCACUGUAUAUUUCUACCACAA